AGCUCUUCCAAGUCCAUAUUCUCUGGCGACGUCUCUCCAUGGGACCACAUCCUCCCUGAAAUGAUGAAAACCCCCUUGGAGGCAAAGGGCUCCAUCACGCGCUCUCCGCGCGCAUCUGCAAAGACCCAGGAAGGACCUCGCAAGGUCUCUCUGUCCCAGGGCGAAAUUGCCACCCUGCGCGACAUAGUCGACUCCCUCUUCCAGCAGCAAGGGCUCCAAGACCAGACUAAGGCCACCACAUCAACACCCGUCGGUGGGACGAAGGCCCCGUCCCAUGCGCUCUACAGCCGACUUCGCUCCGCGCGCCAGCGGUUUGCAAACACGGUGGACGAGGACCUGGAUAGGAAGAAGGAAGAUAUGGAGCUCUGUGAGACAGACUCACAACUGUUCGCCUGGGCACUGCGCGACGUCUUCGGCCAGGACUCGCCCAUGACCGAAACGCUCCGCCAAGCGGUCGAGCAAUCGAUGGCGAUGGUCGGCCUCCCGUCACACCUCUCCCCGCAGUCGUACCCGCACCUGCUCGCGCGGCUGAUGGCGACCUUCCGGGGCAAGUACGCGAACCCGCACCUCGCGCUCGCGCUCUUCGAACACGCCCGCACGCUCUCCCUCCACUCCUUCGUCUUCGGCUGCACGACGCCCGUGUACAAUGAGCUGAUCGAGACGCGCUGGAGCGCGUUCCGCGACCUCCGCGGCGUGCUCGCCACGCUCGAGCAGAUGCGCGUGAACGGGAUCCCGACGGACUCGCGCACGCAUGUGCUCGUGGAGGGGAUCCGGCGCGAGGUCGGGGAGCGCGCGCCGUGGAUGGACGGGGACCUGACGGACGCGAUGGCGGUGCUGGCGAAGAUCGAGAGGCUGGUGCAUUUGGACACGCGGCAAAAGAAGCAGAAGGGAAGGGAGGGGAGAGAAGAGCGGGACCAAGGCAAGGGGGCAGAGAGAGGUGGAUCGGUGCGGACUGCGAGGAUGAGAGCAGCGGAGGCAGCGGCGCAGCCCUGGAAAAAGCAUGCGUUGGAGGACGAAGUGCAUGGCGGGCCUUCACGAAGCGGAGUAGACGAGAGUGAGUGGGAGUUGGAGCGGGGCUACCGGACGCGGCCGCUGCGUGAUCCGUCGGAGAGGCCAAGUUAUGGUCGGACGAGGGAGGCCGCUCAGGCAUGGUGA